AUGUCUUGCCAACUCCUGUUUGACCACUUCCAACUUGCCUUGAUUCAUCGACCUAUUCAAGGUUCCUAUGCAUUAUUGCUCUUUACAGCAUUGGACUUUACUUCCAUCACCAGUCAAAUCCACAACUGGGUGUUGUUUUUGCUUUCGCUCCAUCUCUUCAUUCUUUUUGGAGUUAUUUCUCCACUAAUCUCCUGUAGCAUAUUGGGCAUCUACCGACCUGGGGAGUUCAUCUUUCAGUGUCCUAUCUUUUUGCCUUUUCAUACUGUUCAUGGGAUUCUCAAGGCAAGAAUACUGAAGUGGCUUGCCAUUCCCUUCUCCAGUGGACCAUGUUUUGUCAGAACUCUCCACCAUGACCCAUCCAUCUUGGGUGGCCCUACACGGCAUGGCUUACUUUCAUUGAAUUAG